AUGUCCACCACCCAUACCGGAAGCAAGUAUCCGCAGGAAGCGAUUUGGCGUUCGGCCGAGUACCGAUUCAGUCAAGUCUACAUACGCUUUGGGAAGCCUUGGCGUUACGAUGAAGGAAUCAUGCGUUCCAUCUCCUCUGAGCUGAUGGUAUAUCGGUCAAUCUGGGGCAAGCAGCGCCUUGAGACUGGAGAUCUUCCCCCACAUUCCCCUAUCAUCCUUGCCACGCAGGAGUGUGACGAAGAUCGUAGGGCAGAGGCCUUCGCAUCGCUUCCUACCCUGGCACGCGAGACAAUGAACCGCCCAACUCCGCCCGUUGAUACUACCGGGUUUCCCCAGUGGUGGUUGGAUUUGCCGAGCGACUGGCUGUCGUCGAAAUACAUCAUCGAUAGGCAGGCGCGCGGCGUCAUCUUCGACUUGAGUGAUCAUAUUAUUCGCACUGUGACGACUAACGUCGGAAGACACACUGUCGAUAACGGCGCAGAUGUUCAGGACUUCCUGGGCCAGCUCACAGUACUUCUCCAGCGCACAAGCAACGUGAAGGAGCAAGUUUGGCAGAUGAGUCGUUCCCUAGAAGCCAUUCUGGCGUACGAGGAAGAACGAUUUGAAGCAGUACACGCUGAGAGUCAGAAAGUGGCGGCUGUGGCGCAGCGCCGCCAUGAAGUCGCAAGUGGCCAGGCAAACACUCCGGUUCCCCUUCUUGUCCCCGUUCCGGAAUUCGAGCAUAAUGAUCAAAUUGACGUGGAUGACUGA